AGCUACUUCCUGAUGUGUUUUGUUCAGCAUAUGCUGCCUAAUGGCACGCUGAAGCUUUCAGUUUGUUCAGAGAUCUGCUGUUACAGCGUCACGUAAGGGACAUAAAGAGUCAAUACGCGAACAGGAAAUUGACAGCCAAGACAGCAAAUAAGCAAUCUCCUUUCACCGGUUAUUUUCUCUAGACGUAUAGACGCAUACAAUUUGGAAUUCGGUCACUUGUCUAUCAUGUGACUGGGUAUCGCCUUUAAUUGCACAAUCAUUACGUGUAACCUUGUUUUUCAACAUCAUUUUCUUAAACCUUCUUCUCCUGUUCUGGCUUACGUUAUGGACGAAGUAUCAUGUGGUUGCAUUAGGGUCACGAGCGUCUGUUAUGCUCGUGUUUUGUUCAUGCUGUUGUUCUCUGUCUCUGGCUGCUUCUCCUUUCCCAACUAUGGGUCGUCGUGUGGAGUUGGUGGCUGUUCCCCCGGGCCACCUGUGGUGCUUGUGCCAGGUGACUUGGGAAACCAGCUAGAGGCGAAAUUAGAUAAACCGUCAGUUGUGCAUUAUAUGUGCUCCAAGAAGACAAAUUAUUACUUCACUCUGUGGCUGAAUCUGGAACUGCUGCUGCCUGUAGUUAUUGACUGCUGGAUUGAUAACAUCAGAAGUAUCUCAUCCAUUUCUCCUGCCUAUAUAGAAGUUCACAGCAUCCUUAUGCACCAACAGAUGGAAAUUCACCACAACCUUAUGUGCCAACAAGUGGAAGUUCACAGCAAAGUUCCGUGUCAACCAUUCGUCAGUCAAAUAUAUACCCAUCACCUGUGGUCAAUUCAACAAAGGUAUAGGCUGGUUUACAAUAAAACAAGCAAAACUACUGCCCCUCCAGAGGGAGUUGAUAUCCGAGUUCCUGGUUUUGGGCAGACUUAUUCACUGGAAUUCUUGGAUCCAAGUAAAAGGAGUGUAGGUUCAUAUUUUUACACCCUUGUGCAAAGCUUGGUAGAUUGGGGAUAUACCCGUGAUGAAAAUGUGAGAGGAGUACCUUACGACUGGCGCAAAGCUCCUAAUGAAAAUUCAGACUAUUUUGUGGCAGUUCGCAAGCUAGUGGAGUCAAUGUUUGAGUCUUAUCAAAGUCCUGUGGUGCUUAUUGCUCACAGCAUGGGAAAUUUGUACACCCUUUACUUCCUCAACCAGCAGACACAGGACUGGAAGGAUAAAUAUAUACAUUCCUUUGUGGCUCUAGGCGCUCCAUGGGGUGGUGUGUCUAAGACUCUGCAUGUCCUGGCUUCAGGAGAUAAUAAUCGCAUUCCAGUGAUUAGCUCCCUGAGGAUUCGUGACCAGCAGCGGUCAGCUGUUUCCACCAAUUGGCUCCUCCCUUAUAACAACACAUGGCAACAGGAAAAAGUUUUUGUAAUAACGCCCAAUAAAAACUACACGAUAAAGGACUAUAGGAUGUUCUACGAGGACAUUGGAUUCCAAGAUGGAUGGGAAAUGAGGAAAGAAACAGAAGGACUUGUAUCCUCACUGACUCCUCCAGGUGUGGAGGUACACUGUCUUUAUGGAACUGGAGUGGACACCCCUGAUUCGUUCUCAUAUGAUUCUUUCCCAGAUAAAGAACCUACUACAGUUUAUGGCGAAGGUGAUGGGACAGUUAAUUUGGAAAGUGCUUUACAAUGCGGGAAGUGGAGGAAUCAGCAGAGACAGAAGGUGUCAUUGGUUGAGCUACCUGGAAAUGAACACAUUGCCAUGCUGUCAAACAUUUCAACCAUCUCUUAUGUAAAGAAGGUUUUGUUUGGACUGUAGAUCUAGAUUUUGAACUGGAGUUGCUGCUUUAAUUGGGUAGCAUAGUGCACAAGUUUUUGUACCAGCUACUUGUUAGUGACGGGGAAAAAGGAAAUUCUAUUUUGUUUCUUCAGCUCCAUUCAAGAACUAAACAACCCUGCCCAAAAACACACACAUUCAAACCUUGUUUAGUACAAAAAUAUUUUUUUACAACCAGGUUAAAGUGUUCAAGUUCAUACAUACUUUUGUAUGUAUAAUAAUUUCAAGUCAUUAUAAUUGUAAAGCGACCACAUAAUUUGUAUACCUGAGAAAAUGAAGGAUAGGUUUAAGCCACAUGUUCAUUUGUUGAAGGUAUGCUAUCAGUAUUUAAUUCCAUAACUUUUCAUCUUAUUUGCACAGGGUUAAACACAAUUCAUCUGGCACUUUAUAGGCUUGCUUCUUUUUUUAAUACCAGUGCUGCCCCCAUAUCUCCAAAGCUAGGUAUGCAGCUGGCAUAUUUGAAACAUGUAACAGAAUUGUUAAGGAAACAUUUGAAUUGCAGACAUUCCAAAUGUAAUUUUUAAAAGAAUCUACUGACUUGGGCCUGAUUUGGGUAACUGAUUUCUCCAUGCUUCUUCAGCGUUCAUUAUAGCAUUCAUUAUAGCAGGUAGAUUUAAACUAGAUUUACUAAUCUCUCUGCAUAAUUUCCUCAGACAUUUUAGCAAAACAUCACAUAUCAUUUUUUUUUUUUUUUUUUUUUUAGAUAUGCCUUCUCUGAGAUAAUAAAACAAUGUGCAGGCACUUUGGCCUGCACAUUGGCCUAAAAAUGGGAUUGAUAUUACAAAGGGUAUUUAUCAUAUCAUUUCAUUGUAUGUACGUAUUUUUUGAAUUCUCAUUUUAGUAAAUGUUGUGUUUUUUUUA